GGAGCCUGCGAGCAGCCCUCUCUCCCCGGAUGACGAGUGGCAGGAUAACAUGGAGUCGAGCAAGAUGGCGCCUCCCAAGAACGCUCCGAGAGAUGCCUUGGUGAUGGCACAAAUCCUGAAGGAUAUGGGAAUUACGGAGUAUGAACCAAGGGUUAUAAAUCAAAUGUUGGAAUUCGCUUUCCGAUAUGUGACUACAAUUCUGGAUGAUGCAAAAAUUUAUUCAAGCCAUGCUAAGAAACCUAAUGUUGAUGCAGAUGAUGUGAGACUGGCAAUUCAGUGUCGAGCUGAUCAAUCUUUUACUUCUCCUCCUCCGAGAGAUUUUUUACUGGAUAUUGCAAGGCAGAAAAAUCAAACGCCUUUACCACUGAUUAAGCCAUAUGCAGGACCCAGACUGCCACCUGACAGAUACUGCUUAACAGCUCCAAACUACAGGCUGAAGUCCUUAAUUAAAAAGGGACCUAACCAAGGAAGACUAGUUCCACGGUUAAGUGUUGGUGCUGUUAGUAGCAGACCUCCCACCCCUACUAUAGCAACCCCACAAACAGCAUCUGUCCCAAGUAAAGUUGCACCUCCAGUGUCAGUGACAAGCCAAAGAUUUACAGUGCAGAUUCCACCUUCUCAGUCCACACCUGUCAAACCAGUUCCUGCAACGACUGCAGUUCAAAAUGUUCUGAUUAAUCCUUCAAUAAUUGGGCCCAAAAAUAUUCUUAUUACCACCAACAUGGUUUCAUCACAGAACACGGCCAAUGAAUCAAACCCAUUGAAGAGAAAACAUGAAGAAGAUGAUGACAAUGAUACUAUGGAUUCAAGGAAGAUGAACAAGAUCCAGUAACUCUGAGGUCCAAGAAGUUAAGAUUUAAUGGGUGACUUAAUUAUAAAUCAGAGAAUUGCUUGCUUUUAUUUGGAAUCAGUGUGUGACACAGUGAAGCAAAAUAAAAAUGAAUAUGGGCUUGAGUCAGUUAAAAACCUA